AUGGAGAGGAGUAAUUCCAACUCAAUUGCAGCUGGUGCUGGUGCUGGUGCUGGGCUCAUCUGCGUCAAACCGGGCGAUUCGAUUCACUCUGAGGCUCAUGGCUCAUGGUUAGUGGCUCGCGGUUCAUCGAGUUUCGAGGCGGGAGGCGGGCAAGGGAGUGGGCGCGGAUGGGACGAUUGGGCUGGCUCCAGGUCACGGCUUGCUGUGAAUCAGAUAUUUGCGGGGUCUAGCUCCUAG